GCGUCGUUGCCAUGGCACCGCCUGCCUGAGUCACUAUACAGCGGUGGAAGCUCGGCCACACUCCUGGCUUUCACUGUGGGAUGUUCAGUCACUGCGCGCCGGUAGAGCUGUUCGGUACCCGUGCCAGUGUGUGCGUACACGUGUAGCUCGGCUCGGCUCGGCUCGGCUCGGCUCGGCUCGGCUCAGCUCAGCUCUGCUCUGUCCCGGGAUGCUGAGGCGUCACCGUCACCUGUGAGAGGCCCAGGGGAUCCGUCGCGGAAGCGGCCGGGGACACGUCGCACACCUGCGGCUGGAUGGAAGUCGAUGGAGCGACGCGAACCGCAGCCGCACUCCGCCGAUUGCUUCACCUCCUCUCCUGGUCCACGGGGGAGCGCGCUUGUAAGCUGAUUUGACCCGGGAAUGUGAAUACCUAUCCGGGAUUAGUGGGUUGUUAUUGGGUGAACGAAAAUGCCCCGCGGCUCCUCCGCCCGUCACUCGCGGCUAUUGUUCGUGCAGCGGCGGACGCGCGGUACCCGGUCUCCCCUGGUUGUUCUCCAGUAGCUUCGCAGCCUCUGCCCCUGCGUCGGUGUCCCGGUGUGGAUCGGAGGAUAAUAUGACUUCCUGGCUCCGGCUCCCUCGGUGUCUCCUGCUCUGCUGCGUGGUGCUCGCUGUCUGCGCACAAACCUCCAGUGGUGCCGGUGACAGUACUUGCAGGUCUCCUAGUAUCACUACAUGUACAGAGUGUCUCAGACGUGGACCACAGUGCGCAUGGUGCUUCAAAGAGAACUUUCAGGAUGGGUUGUGGCCAGGCCAUCGCUGCGACCUGCCAGUAAACCUGCUAAGAAGAGGUUGUGGACCGGAGCUCAUGGAACAGUCAGAGGUCAAGGUGGAGGUCAACGCCACCAUGGGCAGCACACAAGUGUCCCCAGCAGACAUCAGCAUCACCCUCACACCAGGUUCUGAGGCCAGCUUCAUAGUGGCUGUGAAGCAGCUGGAGCGUUACCCUGUGGAUCUAUAUUACCUGGUGGAUGUAUCAGCGUCUAUGCAGGAAAACCUGGAUCAUCUGAAGACGGUGGGUGUAGCUCUGUCUCUUCGUAUGACGGAACACUCCUCGAGCCUUUGGCUGGGUUUCGGCUCGUUCGUGGACAAACCUGUCUCCCCUUACAUUAAUGUGCAUCCCUCCAAGAUCAACAACCCCUGCAGUGAUUAUGAGAUCCACUGUCGUCCGGCCCACGGCUUCCACCACGUCCUCAGUAUGACAGGAAACAUGAGCGAGUUCACGCGCGUGAUUAAACGCCAGCGCAUCUCUGGGAACAUGGACACACCUGAAGGGGGGCUGGAUGCUAUGUUGCAGGCUGCUGUCUGCCAGCGGGCUGUAGGUUGGCGACCAGAGGCCAAGCGUCUGUUGCUCCUGAUGACGGACCAGCCAUCUCACCUGGCCCUGGAUAGCCGGCUGGCAGGGAUUGUCACCCCACACGAUGGUCUGUGUCACCUGGAGAACAACGUCUACACAGGGAGCACCAGGAUGGACCAUCCCAGUGUGGGUCAGUUGUCCGAUAAGCUGCUUGAAAACUAUAUCUACUCCAUCUUUGCUGUUGAGAAGCAGCAGUACCAGUGGUACGAGGAGUUGGUGCGUCUGCUCCCUGGUUCCUACCUGGGAAAGUUAGGCAUCUUCCAGGCUUCAAACAUAAUCGAGCUGGUGGUGGCUACAUACAAGAGGCUGUUGUCAGAGGUUGCGGUGUCAGUUUCAGUGGAGGACGAGGCAGUCAGCAGGUACUGGGUGUCCGUGUCUCCUCUCUGUCCCAACGGGUCCACUGCCAAGGACCAGAGCUGCUCGGGAGUACAGCCUGGCCAGACGGUUUACUUCAAUAUCACUAUCGGCCUGCGCUCUUGUCCUGACGAUGGCGAAGAUGAAGACAUACGGGUCAUGGUUCAUCCUAUGGGUUACAAUGAAUCCACUGUCGUUAGGAUUCACUCUAAAUGUCGCUGCAGUUGUGGACCGACAAUGCGCUGUCAUGACGACAGCCAAUCAGCGUGCACAGGCACCCAGGACGGCGCCAAUCAGGAGCAGAGGCCAGACGACAGAGAUUCAAACUGGAAAUGCAGAGCUGAUGGAUCUGAUGUGGACUGCAGUGGUCGGGGAGAAUGUGACUGCGGGAGGUGUGUGUGUGAACAGAGCAGGCUCGGAACAGUAUAUGGGAAAUACUGCGAGAGGGACGACUUCUCCUGCCCAUAUGAAGGGGGACUUCUGUGUGGGGGACGGGGUGUGUGCGUCUCAGGUGAAUGUCUGUGUGACGACGGUUGGACUGGUGAAAUCUGCGGUUGUCCUGUCUCCACAACAACCUGCCAAUCAUCCAACGGCUUGCUAUGCAGCGGGCAGGGAAGAUGCGUGUGCGGCAAGUGUGUGUGUGACGACCUCCGGUACUCUGGGGACUUCUGUGAGAAAUGCCCUGCUUGCCAAAUCACCUGCCAAUCAUAUGGGAGUUGUGCAGGCUGCCACUCUUCACAUGCUCUUGCACAGAAAGAGGCAGGGUCCUGCAACAAUACCUGUGCACCACUGAAGGGCUACAUGGAUAAUAUGUCAGAGUGUAUGAGCAGCAGCCGGUUGGUGGGAACAUUCCUCAGCGUGUGUGCACUGACGGUGCUCUGCGGGCUGGUGGUGGUGGCCGUGUCCCGCUUGCUUCUACAGAGAAAACACAGCUUGUCAAAAGGGGGCGCUGCUGAGGCCGGAGUUUAUCACUGCACUGGAAAGGACCUGUCCUACAUUCCAACAACCAAUGAGAAGACAGUUACCUACAGGAGGGACCAGCCACCUGACCGCCCUGUGGAGAUGCACAUUCAGGUUCCCAAGAUGCCCCUGGGUGACCCCUGGCAGUACUAGGCCGAGGUCAGAGGUCAUGGGUCAGAGGGAAGGCGUGUAGAAGGAGAGUUGAACUAAAAGGCUUCUUUUCUGUCUCUGAACCUUCAAAAAACUUCAACCAGCUCUAUGUAGAGACACUGAUAAUGGUUAAAAACUCAAAACUGUCCAAAGUCUCUUCGACUGUGUGACUAGCAUGGCCAGUAUUCAGGAGAUGGAGAUGAAUCAACGAGCACAAGUCCCCCGACCUCUUCUUCCUCUGUAGCAGCAGCGAGGCUUCUUCUUCUUCUUUAGGCUACAGGACGAUCAGUUCGUACUUUCUUAGCCCCUAAUCUCCCAAUUACUGCUCAAAUUUAUGGGCCCAUGUGUGUUUGUGUGUGUGUGUGUGUGUGUGUGUGUGUGUGUGUGUG